GGUUGAAGCUCAGCUGCACGGGGCUGUUAGUUGGGCUGCCCCUGGGGCUGUUUUUGGGGAGCCCUGCUCCCCCCUGGGGGCUGGUUUUCUGGCUGAUGCCUCUCCCCAUGGGGCUGUUUUUGGGGAUGAUGCUCAGGCCUGCACAACCCACAGGACAAAUACCAUUGCAUCCCUCACCCCAAAGAUUUCCCCAGCAAGCAAAGCCGGCCAUCUGGUCACACAUUUUUCCCCCUGUGGAGCAUCAGAGCUCCCUGCUUCCAUCCCAGCUGCCUCCAGCAGGCUCCGCUGCUGCCGUGCGGGGGUGCGAGGCAGGGGAGGCGGGCGCAGGCACCCACUGCCCCAACCUGCCGGGGCUCGUCCUCUUCCAGCAGGACUUUCAGGUUCCCGCAGUCCCGGCGGAGCCACGCAGGGCUGGGCCGGGCUGGGCCGGGCUGCAGCGAGCCCAGCACGGGCCGGGAGCUCGGCAGCAGCCGGCUGCGGGGCAUGGGCCCGCGGGAGACCCCCGGCCGCAGCCCCCGGGGCUCGGGCACCCGCCCGGUGCCCCCGCGCCAGGGCUGGAGGGAUGGUGGUGGGACCCUCCCGGGGCGCCCCCCUGGCGCCCCCCGCCUUGCCCGCCGCCCUCCGCCUGCUCUGCGGGGUGGUGGUCCCGGCUGCCCUGCUCUGCGCCGAGCCCCUGCCCCGCGUCACCUUCCCCAGCGGGGACCCCCGGCGGACCCUCACCCACUUCAGCCAGGACAACGUCUCCCAUUAUGACAUCUUCCUCCUGGAUGGGAGCGAGGAGGAGCUCUACGUGGGGGCACGCGACUGGGUGCUGGCCCUCGCUGUUGGCACCCCUGGCAGCAUCCGUGCCAAGGCCUCGAUAAUGUGGGGGCCCACAGAUGAGAAAACCUCCGAAUGCGCUUUCAAGAAGAAGAGCCAAGAGACUGAGUGCUUCAACUUCAUCCGAGUCCUGGUGGCCCUGAACCAGACCCACCUGUACGCCUGUGGCACCUACGCCUUCAGCCCCGCCUGCACCUACAUUCACCUGGAAAACUUCACCCUGGUGGCCGGUGGCAGAGGACAAUCCUUCCUGGACGGGAAGGGGCAGUGCCCCUUCGAUCCCCAGCACACUUACACGGCCCUGCUGGUGGACGGAGAGCUCUAUGCUGGCACCAUGAACAACUUCCAGGGCAACGAGCCCAUCAUCUCCCGCUCGCUGGGCACCCGCACCCUGCUCAAGACGGACGCCUUCCUCCGCUGGCUCUCGGCCGACGCCGCCUUCGUGGCCUCCUUCAGCGUCCCUGGGGAUGACAAGGUCUACUUCUUCUUCGAGGAGACAGCGGAUGAGUUUGACUUCUUUGAGAGGCUCCUGGUGCCACGGGUGGCCCGUGUGUGCAAGAGCGAUGUAGGGGGGGACAAGGUGCUGCAGAAGAAGUGGACAACUUUCCUGAAGGCGCAGCUGGAGUGCUCCCAGGCUGGCCGCUUCCCCUUCAACGUCAUCCACCACGCCUUCGCCCUGCCCCGCCGCCACGGCGGCGCCGACUUCUACGCCGUGUUCGCCUCGCAGUGGCAGGCGGGCACGGCGGGCAGCGCCGCCGUCUGUGCCUACAGACAGGAGGAUCUGGAGAAGGUCUUCGAGGGCAAGUACAAGGAGCUGAACAAGGAGAGCUCUCGCUGGACCGUCUACAGUGGCCCCGACAUGAGUCCCCGGCCUGGCAGUUGCUCCAUGGGUGCCUCCUCGGACAAAGCCCUGUCCUUCAUGAAGGACCAUUUCCUGAUGGACGGGAAGGUGUCACCCCUGCAGGGGCAGCCUCUCCUGGUGAAGUCGGAUGUCACCUACACGCGCAUCGCCGUGCACGAGACCCGCGGCGUGCGGGGCACCCCGUAUCGUGUCAUGUUCCUGGCCACAGCCGAGGGUUUCCUGCACAAGGCAGUGCAGCUGUCGGAGGGUGCCCACAUCGUGGAGAGCAUCCAGCUCUUUGCAGUGCCAGAGCCAGUGAGGAACCUGCUGCUGGCGCCAGGGAAGGGCAUCCUCUACGUGGGCUACUCCAGAGGAGUCCUGCAGGUCCCGCUGGCCAACUGCAGCCUGCACCGGAGCUGCGCCGAGUGCGUGCUGGCACGGGACCCCUACUGCGCCUGGCACAGCCCCCAGGGCUCCUGCCAGCCCGCCCGCCUCGCCCCCGAGAACACGAGCGCCUGGCUGCAGGACGUCGAGACGGGGAGCCCGGUCACCGCGUGCCACCGCGGGAGGAGCGCAGCCGUGCCCCGCUCCCGGGGGGCACCGGAGGGUCCCGCUGUCCAGGGGCUCAGCCCCCCUCUGAACGCCGUGGUCCAGCUGCCGUGCCCCCACCACUCCUCGCUGGCCACCUACAGCUGGCAGCAGCCCGACGGUGCCCGCGGGCACACGGUGCUGCAGCCCGACCGCACGCUGGUGCUCGUCAUGCAGCCGGCAGCCGCCGGCACCUACAAGUGCCAGGCCACGGAGAACGGCUACACCUGGACCGUGGCUCACUACCAGCUCGGGGACUCCGGCGGGGCCGCGCCGGGCCAGCGGGGCUCGGCCCCCCGCUCCUACUGGCCGGAGCUGGUCACCGUGGCCGUGCUGCUGGCCGUGACGCUGGCCAUGGCCGCCGGCCUGGCCCUCGCGGCCUGCCGCGAGCAGCUCAGGGCUCGCAGCAAGGUGAGGGGCUGCGGCGCGCCCCACAGCCCCCCGGCCCGCCACCGGGAGAAGGUGCCCCUCAACGGGGGCACCGGAGAGCCCCCCGCGCCCGGAGGCGCCGCCGAGGAGGAGGAGGAGGACGAAGGCUCCCAGGCUUGCUGCCUGCAGCUGGAUGGGGACACGGAUGUGGAGAACAACCGGCUCCACGUGCCGGUGGGGGACACGGCGUGACGCUGCCAGGGGGUCAGGGGUGGGGCUGUGAAAGGGGUUUUUUUGGUUUUGUUUUAUUUAAUACACCUGGUUUAAUGUAA